AUGUUCACUGUCUUCCUCCUGCUCGUCGCCGCUGCCGCCGCAGCGCUUGCCCUGCCGACGGGACAACUCGAUGCCCGGGCGACGUCUCCAUGGUGCUCAGGCCUUGGUCCCGGUGCCUUCGACUCAGCAGAGAAUUUCACUCUGGCCGCGUAUAACACGACGCUGCCGAAUGCGAACGCCACGGGUGCACCGCUCGUACUCGGACAAGCAGGCGCCGUUGAUGGUGCGGAGUUUGAGGUGCUCUCGACGUGGGCCACCUAUUCGUACAACGACUGGCCGACCCUCUCGCUUUCUGCGGGCGCGCUGAUCCCUAACUCCCAAUACGGUGCACGCACAACCGACGCGAAUGUCACCUCGGGCAGCCCCAUCGUCUUCGUUACGAGCGUCGAUGCGCCUGCACCUGUGCAGAUCUACUGUGCCGUGGCCGACAUCGACCCAACGGGUGGCGGAGAGUACCCGCUGCUCUCCCUGAACGGUGACACAGACGGGUUCGCACUGUGCCUGAACGAGAUCGGGGCGUACGAGCAGAACAACAUCAUAUGGCAGCCGACGCCCAACAACGGGGGCGAGUAUGUGUACGACACUUGCUAUCCCGUGAACAUACAAAUCCUGGGACUCAAUAAGUGA